AUGGAAAGGACAAAUAGACGAUAUACACCUCAAGGAUCUUCUUCCUAUCAACCUUUCUCUCAACAACUUCCUGUGUCUUUUCGUUUACCACCAGCCCCAGUUCACGCUCGUGCUAGUAAGACAGUUUUAGGAAGCACAGAGAUUGUUCAAAAAACUAGUAUAGGCAACGCAUUUGUCAAUAAUGAUCCGUUUAUUCCUUUAAAUCCGUUAACAGUUGAAGAAAUUAGGGUGUUUGAGGAUAAAAAGGCAGCUGAAAACAAUGCAAGAAAGAGGCGGAGAAGUUCAGAUUAUGAUAAAUGGAAGCGUCCAAACAGUCAAGAGAUUCCUUGGCUAAGAAACGAAUGUAGUAUUAAAUAUACAAGUGUGGUUCAAAGAUUGCAUUAUGAAAUUCUAGAAUUUGUUGAAUAUCUUAUGCCAACAGAUUUAGAGCGUUUAUUUCGUGCCUUUGUAAUAAAACGUAUUCAGAAGGCCAUCAGAGCUGUUUAUCCAACUGCAGAAGUAAUGGCAUUUGGUAGUUAUAAUACGGGUCUUUAUCUUCCAACAAGUGAUAUUGAUCUAGUAUGUUUUAUACAACAAAGGAAUCCACUGAGGGAGAUUGUAGCGAUAUUAAAUAAAAAUAAUAUUUGCGAAGGUAGACCUAUUCCAAUUGCAAAUGCAGUGGUUCCAAUUAUCAAAUUAAAAGAGAAAUAUACAAGAUAUAAUGUUGAUAUAUCUUUCAAUCAAGCUUCUGGAUUUGGUUCUGCCGCCACGAUGAAACGUUUCAUGAGAGAAUGGCCCUCACUUAGUAAACUGGUAGUUACUUUAAAAUAUUUUUUACAUCAUCAUGAACUUGACGAUCCUGCAUGCGGAGGGAUGGGCGGAUAUACUGUCUUUUGUAUGAUUCUUAGUUUCCUACAGCUGCAUCCUGAAAUUCAAAAAGGUGUAGUUGUCCCUGAAGACGAAAAUCUUGGCGUAUUGCUGAUUGAAUUUUUCGAACUUUAUGGCGUUAAUUACAAUUAUGAAGAACUUGCUAUACGUGUUGCAAAGGAUAAAAAAAGAUCUGGAUCAAACAUAGGGUAUUGUCGAAAGAGAUAUGAAGACUGGGCUACGAAGGAUCCAAUUACAAACAUUUGUAUACAAGAUCCAUCAGAUUCCACAAAUGACAUAGCACGAUCUACGAAAAAUAUGCGCAUAAUUCAGGACGAAUUCCGGCGAGCAUUCCAACGCCUGGUUACUCGGGUCGGCUACUUGGAUAGUUGUACGCCCCGCGAUGAAGAUGGUGCAUUUAAAGACUUGCAAAAUUUUUCAAUAUUAUCUUCUAUUGUUUACAUUAAUUCUGAUGUCAGAAAGCGUCGAGAUCAACUUUGCAAGGAUUAUAGAAAUGGGGACCUUGGCACUGUAAUGGCCUCGUGUGGAACAGACCUACGGCACCGGGAUGUUGAUGAUAUCAUAGGCAUGUUCAAGCUUGAAAUUGCAGAGGCCGAUCGUUUAAAAAGCUAUAAAUUUGCACGGAUAAAAAAUCAUAAUGGUAGGCGUUAUACUCCACCAUCUCCAUCAAUCAGACGUGAAAGAUCACCAGUUUAUAACUACCGCACCUCAACUAGUAUUGAGCAAAUUUAUGUUGAAGAUAAUUCGGAUAUGGAAAUGUCCGAUGAAUAUAUUUCCGAUUAUACUUCAAAUGACAGAAAGCUCAAAAACGGUAUUAGUGAUUCCAAUGGGAAAAAAAAAUCGAACAAAAGGCAUAGGCGGGAUAGAGGGGAUUAA